AUGAAUUCACCUCCACGAACACCACCCGCGCUCAAGCGCACCGUGUCGGGCGAGAGCCACAGUAGCUAUGGCAGUGCGGCGACGUCCGCUUCGCGAUCAAGUUCGAGGCUCCUGUUUGGUGAAAUCCCACUGACACCUGCAACUACCGUGGGCGGUCCAUCCACCCGGUCCAACAGCUCGAUUGGUUCGAUAUGUAACCUGGUGCUCUCGACAAGCUCAUCCUUUUUGCGCUUCUGGCUGAACGACACCUGCCGCGACAACCUCUUUGCCCAUCUUGAGCAAGAAGAUCUCCCCGACUUCCGUCUGGUAUGCCAUGACUUUGCGACGCGGGCGGCGCCUGUCCAAUUUGCAUCCCUUACCACGACCUUCAAGCCUUCCACCUUCUCCAAGCCGGCGCGCAUUGAGGCUCUAUCCCGCAUAGGUCGCCAUAUCAAGACUUUUACCUUCCACAUGCCUCACACUCCAGAGACUCUGCUACCGCCCAUCAUUGACCCGGACACUGGCGAGGAGAAGCAGUUCAUCUACGAGCCGCAGUUACAGACGCCAUCGAACAUGCUUGGCCGCGAAAAGACACCCAAGUACGGCUCUCUCGAAAUGACCAGCCUGCUCAUCCAACAAUAUCCACCACUGUUCCACGCUGCAACCAACGUGCCGGCCUUCGUCGCUGCCUUCUCCGAACUCAUCAACCUCACUCACCUCAAGGUCUCAUGCCCCGGCUACGACAACGCCCCUUCUCACCGUCGCAGUGUCGUAGACUACGCUCUCAUUUCCCUACGUAUUGCUGUGGAGCGCGCUCCAAUGUACAGUCUCACUUCCCUAUCCCUCCAUCCCAUUCAUCCUGGCGGCCUCCUUUACCUCCAUCCCAUGCACGGCUUUGGCAGCACACCGUCAUCCGCAAAACGCUGGACCCAAAUCCGCAGUCUCUCGAUAUGCAUGGAGUCUCUUCUCAAGUCCCCAUCUCCCAAACACAGGACGCAGUCCGUCGAGCACCUCCGCAUCCUUCACGCGUACCUGCGCACGCUAUCCCGGGGCUUGACGCGCCUCUUCUUUCGCUGGAAAGGCACACGCGGGCCCUCACCACUGAGCCUGGACAAGGAACCUUGCAUGUUACCCAUCGACACAGACUACAUGCACCCCUCCCAACGUGGUGAAGUGCGCGGCCCACGCCCCCUUCGCUUCUCCCGCCUGCGCCACAUGGAACUCGAAAACGCCAUCAUGGACUCCUCCCAAAUCUCAGAUUUCAUCCACAAGCACCGCCGCUCGCUUGUGGAAUUUAACUUCGAGGACGUCAAGCUCCGGCAAGGGAACUGGGAUGACGCACUGGAGCCGCUGACGCUAAUCAGCGGGAGUGAGCGAUGGAAGAGGAACGCAGAAGAAGUCAUGGAUGUGCCUAUCGUGCUCAGUCCUAUCAACAUUGAGCCAAGAAUCAUGGGGCCACUACUAGAGGAGGUUGACGCCGCGAUUGAGAAUCACAGCAAGGAGAGGGGACAGCAUAGCUUGAGCCGCUGGUUAGGGAAGCCUAAGAGCACGUUGCGAAAGACGAACGGACAUGUGAAAGAGAGCUUCUUCGGAGGCGACCACGUUAAGAGACUCUUCAGGGGGACAAUGUUCCAUCGUGCUGUCGGUGUCGCCGCAUAG